GGGGGGGGCGUGAUCAGAAGCGCUCCGUUUGUAAAUAGACCCGCCUUCUUCGUCUGGAAGGAACCGCGGCGCACUGACUGACAUCAGGAAGCGCAGCGCGCGCGCCUCGCUUUUGCCCCGGACAGGUUCCUCAAACUAAGAUCCCCCCCUCAGCGCGUUCGAACCGUCAACCGCAGCGCGCGCGCGGCCCGAUGACCUCCUUUUACGACGGGAAGGAUCUGGAGGGAGAGCUCUCCGGGCUCGGCGGCCCGGAUGACGACCUGCGGUUCGAGUACUUGUUUGAAUACGAGCCGCCGUGCGCCGGAGACUUCCCCGCGGGAGACCAAGAUGACCCCAACCUCACAUCUCACAAAGUCCUCAGUCCUGAGUCGGAGCAGGCCUUCCCCCUGGAUGGGACCUCCCCAUACAGGAUCAAGUCCUGCAGCCCCUCCUACAGCGAGCAGACUGGGGGGGUCCUGUCUGGGUUUGACGGGCAGGAGGCCAGAAACUACCUGGACGGCUCUCGCCCUCCAGGCGUGGCCCUGAGCCCCCGCAUCGAGAUCACCCCCUCCCGCGAGCACUACAGCCACGGCCGGGACUCCCUUCAGAACCAGCACCUGAACAUCAGCCCCCGGCCCACCCUCACCGUCCCGGGCCACGACGCCCUGGCCUACCGCGAGCCGCAGUGUUUGAGUCCGGCGAGCAGCAACUCCUCCACCAGCUGGCACUCCGAGAGCUACUCCCCCUGGGCGUCCCCCUGCGUGUCCCCCAGCGGCGGGCAGAACCCCGGCGACCUUUGCCCUCGCCUGCAGAACAUCCACACUGGCUCGCCCCGCACCUCCCCUGGCACCUCCCCCCGCACCAGCCUGACUGAGGACGGCUGCUUGGGCCAGCGCUCGCCCUCCCCCCGGGCUGGCUCCCGCUCCACCUCCCCGCAGGGGAAGCGCACCUACGACAUGUACAAGAACCCGGCGUUGGUGCCGGGCCACCGCUCCCGCAGUCCGUCCCCGCACCAGGACCCCAACACCGGGGCCAACUACACCCACAGCGGCCUCUCUGAUGGCAUGAACGGGUUCGGCUGCGGUCAGCCGGGUCUGGUCCCCACCAAGAUAGUCAAGACCUCCAACCAAGUCUACACUCUGUACCAGGAGAACCACGGGGACGGGAACUACCUGGUGUCCUGCAACCAGGACGGGAAAGCCAAACCGGCAGCAGAACCCUUCUUCGUCAUCCCUCAAAUCUGGCCCAAACCGUUGGUUCCUAGCAUCUGCAGCAUCCCCGUGGCCUCCUUGCCGCCGCUGGAAUGGCCCCUCCCGAGUCGCACCGACCAGUACGAGCUGCAAGUGGAGGUGCAGCCCAAACCCCACCACAGAGCGCACUACGAGACCGAGGGCAGCAGGGGGGCGGUGAAAGCCCCCAACGGCAGCCAUCCUGUCGUGCAGCUGCACGGCUACAGAGGCAAGGAUCCACUCGGCCUCCAGAUUUUCAUCGGCACGGCAGACGAGCGCGUCCUCAAGCCUCACGCUUUUUACCAAGUUCACCGGAUCACCGGCAAAACCGUCACCACCACCAGCUAUGAGAAGGUCGUCCACGGCACCAAAAUCCUGGAGAUCCCACUGGAGCCCAAGAACAACAUGAAAGCACUAAUCGACUGCGCUGGGAUCCUGAAGCUCAGGAACGCCGAUAUCGAGCUCCGGAAAGGAGAGACGGACGUGGGUCGGAAAAACACCCGGGUCCGCCUUGUGUUUCGGGUCCACAUACCUCAGCCUGGAGGACAACACGUCUCCCUCCAAGUGGCCUCGAACCCCAUAGAGUGCUCCCAGCGCUCGGCACAUGAGCUUCCCAUGGUGGAGAAGCAGGACAUGGACAGCUGCUCCGUUCUGGGCGGCCAGCAAAUGAUCUUGACCGGGCAGAACUUCAGCUCCGACUCUAAGGUCAUUUUUCUGGAGAAAACCCAGGAUGGCCAGCAGAUCUGGGAAAUGGAAGCAACCGUAGACAAAGACAAAAGCCAACCUAGCAUGCUGUUCGUGGAGGUGCCGACUUACCGGGACACUUCUGUCUGCCAGUCCGUCAAAGUUAACUUCUACGUCAUCAACGGCAAGCGAAAGCGCAGCCAGCCCCAGCAUUUCACCUUCACUCCACUGGCGUGUCCAUCCAUUAAGACGGAGCCAUUAGAUGAGUACGAGGCCGACCACAUGGCCUUCGCAAUGCCCCAUAUUUUAGGCCUAUCUCCUCAGUCAUACUACCAUAACCCUCGUGGGAUCCUCCACCCUGACAACGGCCUGGUUUCUAACAUGGCGUCCUGCCAGCGUCUAAGUUCUAGCCUCCCAAACCAAGAUGUACUUUUCCGGCAGCAGAGCCCAGCUAUCGUCUACUCUCGUGGUGGAAAAAGUAUGAGUGGCAAUCCUGGCAUUUGGCAAACUGGGGUACCUGACUCCCACCGUUCAGUCCUGGUCCACACAGGCUCACCGGCUCAGCCUGUCGGGCCCCUCAGUGCAGGCCAGCAUCCUUCUAUUAUCCAGUUCUCCCCAACCAACCACCACAUGAUUCGGCCAGGAGAUGCUCAGACUCUCCCUCCUCCUCCUCCUCCAGACAGCCAGCAGGUCAUUUACUGCGACACCUUUCCCCCACAGGCCGCGGUAGCCAACCAACCUUCAGCACACCCCGAGGCCCAGGCACCGCUGGCCCACCCACAGCACUGUCAAACAGUGAUUCAGCAGCAGAAGAGCCAAGCCCCACCCGCAGGGAUGGAGUCCCCAAGAGACGGACAGAGGCCGGUGACAGUCAAAGAGGAGAACUUGGACCAGGCUUACCUAGAUGACGGUGAGUUGAAUGAAAUCAUCAGAAAGGAUCUGACAGGCGUCCAGGCCAGAGGGCAGACAUAGACGUCGGAGCUGCACCGUGCACGGACCAAAAGCAUGCACGGACCGCGACCUUCCAGCGGGUAGAUGCACUCAGCGACUGGCCCCUCGCUUCUUUGUUUCUUCACCUAUAAAAAAAAAAAAGGUGUUUUAGCUCCAGAAUUCACAAUCACAAAAGUGCCUUGUCUUAUUUUUUAUGGACUUUUAAGGUGCAAGCUAAACAUGUGUCUUCUGUUCAUAGGAUAAACAUUGAUUGACGUCUCUGAACAGUGAUCUAACACCCUUUUGCCUUUUAUUACCAAGUGAAAGCUUAGUAGUACAUUGCAUUUUCACCAAAAAGCAUGCAUUUAUGCCAAAAAGUAAUCCCAAAUAUGAUGUUAGGAUUCAGUGAACAGGUGUAUAUUUGUCUGUGUGUGCUGUACCUGAGAAGACUGACCAAAGAACACAUGUAGGAUCAUCUCAAUUCAAUUACGAUUUGCAAUUUUGAGACAAAAGCACAUUGCCUUAAGCGUAAAACGACUUUUGCUAGUGCGACACCCCCCAUUAUGCACUGUUUCAACACCGGGGGGCUGCAUGUUAAUACUUAUAUAUUUAAUUUGUUUGAAAAAUGUGCUGUUUUAACAGCCAUAUUUACUCACAUUUAGGUGCCAAAGAUUUCAAGAUUUAUAAUAGAGGAUUUUUGUGCACAAUCUUAUUUAAAGUCACUUAAAAAUGUGUGUUUUUUUUAAAGAUGUGAGAUAAUUUGAAUAUUCGUACCUGUUUUCAUGUGUGUUCAUAAUUCAGAUUGAUGAAUAUUAAUGAGUCCUGGAGGCAUAUUCAAAGAAUAUUUGUUGCACAUGUGAUCGAUGCAUUUUGAAAGCUUUCUGCAAUGACAAUCCUGCAACUUUAAACUGCCUAUGCAAAGCUGCCAUGUUUGCAAGACCAUCAUUUGUUGCAUCUGCCCUCCUAAGGUAAAUUUAAAGGUGAGAUUUUACAUGUCUUAGUUGAAAAGUGUGACGGAAAAGAGCUAAAAUCACCUCAAUAAAAAGAAAGGCAAGAUUGAUUAAAGAUUAUAUUUGCCAAAGUCCAGUUAAAAAAAAAGAUGUUAAUCCUUUACAGAUGUUACUCAUUGAGCCAGUUCAGCAUAAAUGCAAUUAUUGAAUGUAAUCUAUAUGAAAUAGUUUUCCCCUUUUUUUGUAAAUAUGCAUUAUAUUGAUAAAGUUUACAUCAAUGUUUUUGGUUUCCAUGUAUCAUCUGUGUUUUGUGUCGACACAUCUCAUCAUAUCUUCUAUUAUUUACAAAGCCAAGCGAUCUGAAUAAAGUUAGGAUACAUUUA